UUCUUCCACACCAUUUUCAAUUCAUUACCUUACAAAUGUGAAUCAUGGAAUAUCACUAUGACAGUGGCUCUUCCUCAUCUCACUCCAACCACUACCUUCAACCUCAACAAUUAGGCUCAACCUCCCUCACUUCACAACGCAGCCUCCUCUCAGUUCCUUCCCUCAACCCUCGUCACAAUCCCCACAUCAACCACACUUCCCACCUCAUCACAACCCUCAAAUCCCACAAUAACAACUCUUCCUACACAUCCUCUCUCACUCUCUUCGGCAAAUUCCUCCUCACCGGUUCAUCCGACAGAGAAAUCACAACAUGGAACAGAACCACCUAUGAAGAAGACACAACAACCAACAAUAAAGUAAUAGCAGGAAAAGGUGCUGUUAAAUCCUUAGUAAUUCAAUCAAACAAAAACACCCUUUUCAGUGCUCAUCAAGACCGUAAAAUCCGUGUCUGGAAACUAACCAACGACCAAACAAAAUACACUCAUGUAGCAACACUUCCAACACUUGGUGACCGUGCAUCCAAAAUCUUAAUCCCAAAAAACCAUGUCCAAAUUCGUAGACACAAAAAAUGCACGUGGGUUCAUCAUGUGGACACUGUUUCUUCACUUGCUCUGUCUAAAGAUGGAAAGUUUUUGUACUCUGUUUCAUGGGACAGAACAAUCAAAAUCUGGAGAACUAAAGAUUUCACUUGUUUGGAAUCAAUAACCAACGCACACGAUGAUGCUAUAAACGCGGUUGUUGUUUCUUAUGAUGGAACUUUCUACAGUGGAUCAGCUGAUAAAAGAAUCAAAGUGUGGAAAAAUCUUCAAGGUGAUGAUCAUAACAAAAAGAAACACAAACAUUCUCUUGUUGAUACCUUGGAGAAACAUAAUUCUGGAAUCAAUGCUUUGGUUUUGAGCAGUGAUGAAUCUAUUCUGUAUUCUGGUGCUUGUGAUAGAUCAAUAUUGGUAUGGGAGAAAGAAGAUGGCGACAACGACGACGAAAAUGGAAAAAUGGUUCUGGUUGGUGCAUUAAGAGGACAUAAAAAUUCAAUAUUGUGUUUAGCUGUUGUGUGGGAUUUUGUGUGUAGUGGUUCAGCUGAUAAAACCAUAAGAAUUUGGAGAGGUGUUGGUAGAGAUUAUUGUUGUUUAUCUAUUUUGGAAGGGCAUCAAGGUUCAGUUAAGUGUUUAACUGCAGUAGUUGAACAUUGUGAUGAUAACUCUGAAUCAGAAGAACCAUCUUUUCUAGUUUAUAGUGGUAGUUUGGACUGUGACAUUAAGGUUUGGCAGAUUUUUGUUCCUGCUAUCUAAAUUCUACCAUGGUUAAUUCUUCUUCAAUUUGUAUUGGAGGAAGGACAGACACUCUUCAGAUUAGGUGUGUCUCAGUGUCAGACAUAUGUCUUAUCCGACACUUGUAAUUACACUGAAUUAUGUAACAUUUUUAAAUUAUUAAAUGUGUCGACAUAUCAGUGUCCGUGUCGUGUCCUUUGGUUAUUUAUAAGUUGAAUUUUAAUUUUUCAUGGCCUUUUAAUUGAGUGAUUUAAUAAUUAAAAUUAUGUUUGUAACUGGGAUGGUUGUGUCACUAACUCUCCCAUAAUAGUAUUCGUGUAUGACUUUACAAGCUAGUAGUAAUCUUCAUUGUUGACCAAA